AUGAGGCUUUCAUGUCUUUACUGCUGUAAUCGAAGUACGACUUUUCAGCUGUGGCUUUCCACCCGUGAAGAGCGUUUCGGAGCUGAAGAGGACGACCUUCUCGAUGUCAAAGAACACAUUGAACUUAUGCGGCAGUUUGCCCUCUACGAAAUUCGCCUUAGUGGUGCUCCCGUUCGGCUAUGGGAUGGUGUGUUUCCAGAUAAAGCAAAUACUAUACUCCGACAGCAUGCUCUACAGGGUGAUCUCACUGAAGUUCAUACAGCUAUGUGCCGUUGGCUUGCCUUUCAUUCCAUGAUACCCAUUGAUAUCUCAUUUUCGCUACUUGCCAAAACACUUCAAAAUAUACAAGAUAAAUGGCACCCAAUGACAUUGGAUAAGGCUGAGGAAGACAUGCUGACAGCAUCGUUUUCCGCAUUUGAUACCUACUGUAAGCGGUCUUUUGCUGAACACCGUAAACGGUUUCAUCCAUCAAAAAGAAACGCUGCCGAGGAGUUUGCCAGUUUGAAAAGUGCUGAGGACUUCUUCGAUGAGACUAUUGAAUCUGUGCAAGAUGAAGAUCCCUGCAAGGAACUCCUCAAAUUAAUGGCCGUGAUCAAUGGAAGUUGUUCACGAUUUCAACAAUAUGCGAACGUUAUACGUGAAGUUGGGCGAAUCGAUUACUGUCAACUAACACUUUCAACAUGGGACCGAAUGCUCAACGAGUACCUCACGUCAGAGAUGAUGAGUGAACGUAAAACCGAUCUACGGUCGCAGGCGGCCUUGUCAACGAGUUCUCUUUCCUUGGAGUAG